AUGAUGAAACAUGGAAAAAGUGAAAAUGUUUUCAAAUACAUUGAAAAAACAAAUGAGACGAAUCUGUACAGAAUAAAUAAAGGACUUGUUCCUGGCAUGAAUGUAGAAGGGAACAUGUAUGUAAAUGAAAGAUUAAAAUUAUUAAUAGAUGAAGAAAUAAAUAUGUAUCAACUAAAUAAAUGCUCUACAUUUCUUCCUGCUGUAAUACAAAUAGCUAAUGUCUCGACUCUUCCUGGAAUUGUUAAAGCCUCUAUUGCACUACCUGAUGUACAUGCAGGUUAUGGAUUUUCAAUAGGCAAUGUUGCAGCAUUUGAUAUGAAUAAUGAAAAAGCUGUUAUAUCCCCAGGGGGGGUAGGUUUUGAUAUAAAUUGUGGAGUCAGAUUAAUUCGAACUAAUUUAUUUUACAAUGAUAUUAAAGAUAAACAAGAAGAAUUAGCCCAACUACUUUUUAAUCAUAUACCAGUAGGUGUUGGGUCUCAAGGAUUUAUUUUAUGUAAUCAAAAUAAUUUAGAUGAUGCAUUAAAUUUAGGUAUGGAUUGGUCAGUUAAAGAAGGAUAUUCAUGGAUUGAAGAUAAAUUAAAUUGUGAAGAUAAUGGUAGAAGUUUAUAUGCUAAUAGUGAUUAUGUAUCUGUUCGAGCAAAAAAAAGAGGGAUUACACAAAUGGGCACAUUAGGUGCUGGCAAUCAUUAUGCAGAAAUACAAAUUGUUGAUGAAAUUUAUGAUAAAAAAAGUGCUAAAUUAAUGGGGAUUGAAAAAAAAAAUCAAGUAUGCAUUAUGAUCCAUUCAGGCAGUAGAGGAUUGGGACAUCAAAUUGCUACUGAUGCAUUAAUAGAAAUGGAAAAAAUUAUGAGCAAAUAUAAAAUAAAUGUAAUAGAUAAACAAUUAGCUUGUACACCUAUUCAUUCACCUGAAGGACAAAACUAUUUAAAAGCAAUGGGAGCUGCUUGUAAUUUUGCAUGGAUUAAUAGAUCUUCUAUGACAUUUUUAGCUAGACAAGCUUUUUCAAAAGUAUUUAAUCAAUCACCUGAUGAUUUAGAUAUGCAUGUAAUAUAUGAUGUUUCACAUAAUAUAGCAAAAAUUGAAGAACAUUUUAUUAAUGGCAAGGUACAAAAUUUACUUGUACAUAGAAAAGGAUCAACUAGAGCAUUUCCACCCUUUCACCCAUUAGUACCUUUAGAUUAUCAAUAUUGUGGUCAGCCAAUAUUAAUAGGUGGCACAAUGGGAACAUAUUCAUAUGUAUUAACAGGAACUGAAAAAGCUAUGGAAAACACAUUUGGAUCGACUUGCCACGGAGCAGGAAGAGCUUUAAGUAGAAAUAGAAGUAGAAAUGCAUUAUCAUAUUCUGAUGUAUUAACUAAAUUAAAGGAAAAAAAUAUAUCAAUACGAGUUGCCUCACCAAAAUUAAUUAUGGAAGAAGCACCAGAAUCUUAUAAAAAUGUUUCAGAGGUAGUUCAAACAUGUCAUGACUCAGGAAUAUCUAAUAAGUGCUUUCGUCUAAAACCUGUUGCAGUCAUAAAAGGAUGA